AUGAAUUUUAAAAUCAUAUCCCGCAUAGAAGAGAAACAACUGUACUUCAGUAUGCCAAACGGUUCAAAGCAAAACUUCAACAGCAAUCGUAAACAGGUGGCAAACUCAUAUUGGUCUCGCCUGUCCACUAGUGUUGGUCAUCCAAACUCAUAUUGGUCUCGCCUGUCCACUACUGAUGGUCAUACAAACUCAUAUUGGUCUCGCCUGUCCACUAGUGUUGGUCAUACAAGUCAUGUCGACAAGAAAUGCACGGAAAACGGAACAUGGCAACUGCAUCCCAGCUCUAAACACGAAUGGACCGACUAUGGAAAGUGCGUUAAUAUCAAGUACGUUAAAGGCGUGGUUUAUGCAAGCGUUGCUGCCAAUUCUUUUAGUUUGAUAUUGCUGCUGCCAUCCACUAUUGUAUUUCUACUAUUCAGACAACUACGAAGCCAGCAGCGCAUCAAACUGCACGUGUGUGUGUUCUCCUCCUUUAUGGUAACGUCAGUACUCAGUCUGGUGUGGGAACUCCUCGUGUACAACGACCGCGUGGAACAUCCAUGGAAAGACUCAUUUAUGGUCCAGCACGAGGACGGUUGCAAAGUGAUCAACAUUCUGCUGCGCUACGCAACGAGCGCCAAUUUCUUCUGGAUGUUUUGCGAGGGGUUCUACCUUUUUCGACUUCUCGUAAAUGCCUUUCAUGUACCGAAGCGCAUCAAUAUCUACUUGUUUAUUGGAUGGGUUGGUCCCAUUGUUCCAAUUCUCGCGUAUUCGGUGUUAAGAUGGAAAUUUGCGAACGAUACGUGCUGGGUAAAGAAUGCGGGUCGCUUCGAAUGGAUUGUCUAUACACCUAAUCUCUUAAGUAUUCUUGCGAACCUGAUGUUCUUGGUCGGAAUCCUGCGUAUUUUGUUGACCCAGCUGCAUCACCAUCCCAAUGAACCUAGCAACUAUAGGCGUGCAAUGAAAGCGACCUUCAUCUUAGUUCCUCUUUUCGGCCUCCAACUCUUUCUGGUCAUAUACCGACCCACCGCUGAUUCGUCCAUACAAAGCACGUAUGAAAUCGUUUCCAAAGUCGUCAUCGACUCUCAGGGCGGUCUGAUUGCGCUCGUAUUUUGCUAUUUCAACAAAGAAGUGUUGACGUGUAUCAAGUCGUACCUUCAGAAGUUAAGCUUGCGGCGAGGUAAGAUGACGGCGACGAUGUUAUCAAACUACACAGUGGUAUCACAGAGAAGCGUUGGGGCUAACGCAGUAAAUGACAACACCACACAAAACGAUAUCUAG